AUCGUAACAAUAUUUUAUCUAAACUUAUCCCUGAUUCCGAUUUGGACGAAUUUAUCCCAAAAACAAGAUGCAAACUUACUGAUUAAUGCAUUCCAGAAGAUAUCAAAUAUUUCCUGACACGUAGUUAGGGAUCCGGUCGGGUAUAAAAAAGCGACAAAUGUGACCAGUUGGUAUAACAGAAUCCUUAAGUAUUUCACAGCAUUGAGAUAAUAUUUAUUCAAAUUUGCACUGCAAAAAUGCAGAAAUUCGUCGCCAUGUUGUUCGCCCUUGUCGCCAUCGGGGCAGUUAAUGCAGGCGUUGUCGAUCCAGCAUACCGAUGUGGUGGGCUAGCGACUCAAUUGCAAUUAAGGAUUUCUGACUGUGACGGAUACUGUCGUCUCAUGCCAGGAACUCUGUACAAUUGCGAGAAUGAUUUCAUGCCAAGCUCCGCUGCGGCCUCACUUUCCCUUCGUGUCGAAAUUUGCAUGAAUGCCGGAUUCUGUACGGUCAUUAUUAACACCGAGCUGCCAAAUUCCUCCGUCCAGCCUGGAUUCGUUUACACGGCGAAGUACUCCAUCGUACCAAACGAUGUAUUGUCAGGGUCGACCGUAGAAUUCAGGGCCUCAAUACUUCAUACCGAUAACUUACGAGUUGAAGUUUGUGUGUCCGCAGAUGUCGACAUUCUCACGCUUCCAUAAAUUUCAAAAUUUGAUUCGCCUUUUAAUCAUACAUUUCAUUUCUAAGUACAAAAUAAAUCUGAAUUUUAAAACUUUA